CGAAAAAUACUUUUGGAAGAUUCCAGAAUCACGUGGAACCGAGAUGUCAUCUGAUUUUUGGAAAGUCGUCGUUUUUCAAAAAAAUGGACCACUUCCAUAUUUUGAAUUUUUUCGUAGAAACCGUGCACUAGACGGACUGAAAGUAAGAUAUUCGUGAUCAGCGUGAAAAACUGCAUCGAAUGUUGUAUCUUUAAGCCAAAAAUAGAAUAGUGCUUUACGUUUGAAUUUGGAGCGCCUUACAGAGAUCCUUGAAAAUGAUAUAGAAAGAAAAGAACUGAAUUUUGACAUUCUGAAAAUUUUUGAAAACUACGUAGUUUUUUUCUAAAAAUCAAAUUUUUUCUACGAAAAAAAAUCCAGAGUGAAAAAGAUAACGAUAUGCAUUUUGUAUUGUGCCACAUGUGCAUUUUAUAACGGUACGCUCUUUGUUUUAAAGUGAAUUGUCGAAAAUGUCUGAGAAUGUAUGUGAAUUCAAGUCAUUCUCUUUCGAAUGAUAUGCUGCUCAAAAAAGAACGGAUGAAGUUAUAAACAAAACGAGAACAAGAUCAUUUUUUUCCACUUUUCGACCCGACUCUGGGAAGAUAUCGGCUUCUCAAUGAAGAAAAUAAAGUAUAAAAAGAAUCUAAUUAGUAAUUAGUUCGAAAUGGGACGAAGUUUAUUUGAAUGAAAGAUAAUUUGGUGCAUAUGACAGGAAUUUUCAAUGUUUUAGCGAAACCUUUCUUAAAACUUUGUCAAUACAACCGAAAAAAUGUGUCAAUCGUCUUAUUUCUUUAAUUUUGUGAUACAACAUAAAAUAGAACUAAAUUAUCAAUCUUUUAUUGUUUUUAUUCAAUGUUAACCAAAUUGCCUGUUUAGUAUAUGUAUUACUCUUAUUUUAUUCCUAUUCUAUUGCAAGUCACUAUUGCCUUCACAUUAUUUAGUAGUAAAAGUGCAAAUAAUCAAAAUUUAUUUAAUCCAAUUAUUAAUACGAGCUCGGGCAUUUAUGAAGGUCAUUCAAUAAUUAAUUAUAAUCGAACUGUUCAUCGAUUUCUUGGUAUUCAAUAUGCCAAAGGCAAACGAUUUCACAAAGCAAUACCUAUUCGUAAGAAUAACUCAAAUAUAAUUAUUCAAGCAAAUAAAUUUGGUCCGGUUUGUAAAUCAAGUGGUGAUACUUGCAUAUCUUCCGAUGGUUAUUGCCGAGUGGAAUAUGGUAUAUUUACAAGUGUAUCAUUAACAGAUGAAGAUUGUUUAUAUUUAAAUCUCUUUAUACCAAUUUCAACAGUGAAUCAAACGUGGGCAAAACAUCAACGAAAAGCUAUAUUAUUAUGGAUACACGGCGGUUCAGGUCAAGUAGGAUCGGGAAAUUUAUUCGAUGGUUCUAUAUUUGCGUCAAUUGGUGACGUUAUUGUUGUUACAUUUAAUUUUCGCUUAAAUUUAUAUGGUUUUUUGUCAUCAGGUGAUGAUCGUCUCGAAGGAAAUAUUGGUCUUUAUGAUCAAUUGUUAGUCUUAGAUUGGUUAUACGAGAAUGCUGAGCAAUUUGGUGGUGAUCGUGAGCGCAUUGCACUAGGUGGACAUUCAGCAGGUGGUCCACAUGCCCAUUUUUUGGGCUAUUCGCCAUUGAGUCGUGGUCGUAUUCGUCGUUUAAUAUUUCAGAGUGGUACAUCAUUCAAUGUAUGGUCACAUAUUCAUCCAGAUAUGGCUAUUGAACGUUUUCAAGUUGUUGCUAUUGAUAAUGGAUGUUAUUAUACGCAAAAUGAUAAAUUGUUAGAUUUUCAUCGAUCAUUAGACUGUUUAAGUAAAAAAGAUUUUCGUUCAUUAACUGAACAAGAACAUUAUUCUUAUAUGAGUGCAAAUCAUACAAAUGUUGUUCAUCAAUAUCCAUUUUUAAUGUCAAAUCAAAAUGAAACAUAUUUAUUAGAUAAUGUGAAUUAUGCAAAACUUGAUAUAUUAAUGGGAUCAGUAGCCGAUGAGGGUCUUCAUAUAGCUGUUGUUCCACUUCUUAUGCAACAUGAAAAUCAAGAGCACUAUACGAUGAAUACCAGUAUAGUCGAUGUAGCAUUAAAAUUUCUGGCCAAUAUGAAACCAGAUUUGACUUGCCUAUAUGAUGAUGCUUUAAAACUAUACAAUAUUAAUGAUAAUCUUUGUAUGCAAUCAACAUCAUCUACAAACGAGUGUCAAUGUUCAUUAUAUCUAAAUUAUUCAAAAUUAGUUAGUGACAUAUUAUUUUAUAAUGAUUAUUAUCGUUAUGUUCAUGAACGUUUGAAAAAAUCGUCUAAAAAAAAAGAAACUAUGAAUAUUGGCAAAACUUAUCUAUACAGUUAUACUUAUCAUACAUCACAAGGACCUCCUUCAUCAUGCAAUUUAUCGGUACACCAAAAAGGUUUGACCGGACAUUUUGCUGAAUUAGAAUACACAUGGGGUAUACCAUUAUUUGAAAAAAACCAAACAUUAGUUACAAUCGAUAGAUAUGAGCCAGUUCCACAAACACCAACUUAUAAUGCUGAUGAAAUAAAAUUUAGUGAGCAAUUAAUUCGUUAUUGGUCUAGUUUUAUUCAAUUUGGCGAUCCAAAUCAAGUGAAAUCAGCUGAUAGUCCCUAUUGGGCUGAGUCGACAGAAAAUAAUCUAAUGGUGAUGAAUUUAUAUCCUAGACAAUUGUAUUCAUCCCACAUUAGUGAACCAAAAAGUGUGGUAUUUUGGAACAAUACAUGUUCUUUACCGUCGACAAAGAACAUGGAUAAGAAAGUGUUUGAUCACGAAGCAUCAUAUCUUAUGUUGCCAGUUAUCCUUUUAACUAUAGCUCUUACUGUUACUGCCGGCGUUCUUUUUGAUCACUAUUUUCUAUGA